AUAUGUACUAGUAUGCAGUACAUGUACAUUUUUUACACACACAAAUAUCAGAAACACGUAACCAACCAUAUAGCAUUAAGCAGCACCUGUAAAGCGACACAUUGCAUGGUAGCAAUAUGGAGAAGACAAGGAUCUUGACUAGACUACUCUGUGCAGUUGGACUUUGCACACUCAUUUCUGCAGUGUCUGCAUUGGAAUCAUCUCCUAUUCUACUCAUUCCAGGUUUUGGUGGGUCGCAACUGGACGAGAAAAAUGGCAAUUACGAUUACUGCAAUACAGGUGGAAACUACAAGCGAGUCUGGUACGACCUUUUCCUAUGGCGAACACGAAUAUGUUCAAAGGAUCUACAGUUAAGAUAUGACAAGUCCAGUAAUACCUAUCAGAACAAAACUGGUAUUGAAGUCCGGGUUCCGGGGUUUGGAGAAACUAAAGCAGUGGAAUACUCAGCUAAAUUAGCUGUGUUCUCACUUGGGAAGUACAUGAGGAAUCUCGUACAACACUUUGCUAAAUGCGGGUAUAAAAGAGGUGUCUCCAUUAGAGCUGCACCUUACGACUGGAGACUGGCUGCAGACGAGCUGGAUAGGACAGGCUAUUUCAAGGAGGUGAAAGGCUUAAUUGAGGAGAUGCGUAAGGCAAAUGGCCAACGGGUGACCAUUGUAGCACACAGUAUGGGGGGACUGGUGUCUCACUACUUUCUCACUGGCUACUCUGGUAUCAAUAAAUCCUGGAAGAAGAAGCAUAUCAAAGCCUGGAUAACCCUAGGGACACCUUGGGGUGGGGCAGUCGAGACAAUUCAAACAGUGUUAGCAAGCAAGAGAACAGCUUCUGAUUGGUGGAAGGUAUUAGUACCAUAUGGCCGCACAUUUGAAAGCACUCCAUGGCUCUUGCCUAAACCUUCAUUAUUUGGAGACAAGGUGUUAGUUGAAACCAAUUCAAGGAAAUACACAGCCAACGAUUACGAGAAGCUGUUUGACCGCAUCAACUACGAUGAUGGUUUUGCUAUGUUCAAAGGUACGCAGCAAAUCAACAGUGAUAAAUACCCUAAUGUCCCUACUUAUUGUUACUAUGGCAAAAACUUAAAAACCCCAGAGCGACUUACGUACAAGUUUGGAAUCUUUCACAUUUUGUUGUACAAGCUAUUCAAAAGUGAUUCAAUCAAAAAUAUUAAGCCAAAGAUAACGCACGGAGAUGGUGAUGGAACAGUGAACAUUGAUAGUCUACGAGUCUGUAAUACAGAGUGGUCAGGUAGGAAGGAGUUUAAGAGCAAAGAGUUUGACUCCGCUGAUCACAAAGGCAUUCUGAGCGAUACAGCAGUGCUUGAGGAUAUUGCCAAGAUCGUCGGAGCCCGAGAUUGUGGAAGCAUGGAACAACUGGAGCAAUUAUUGGAGGCUUUGAACUAAUUUACAAGUUGGAGCUAACCCUGAAGGAAACAUUAAUUGCUAGUCACAGUAGAGCACAAACAUAAUGUAGAAACUUGGUUAUAAAUGUACAUGACAUUACGAGGUAGGCACAGAUUGGUAAAGAUCAUCAAUUAAUAUAUGGCGUAACUUC